AUGGCUGCUGCUAAAUUGCUGCCAUGUCUGCUGGUGGUGCUGCUGGCCGCAGCGUAUCCAGCCCAGGCGCAGGACAGGAUUAAGAUGUGCGGGCGAGAGCUGAUCCGUCUGGCCGUGUCAUCCUGUGGGAACUCUCGGCUGAGGAGAAGCAUCCUGGACACAGAGCUGAGCCAACAGCAGCUCACCGCUGGCUGGAACCGGGAUGCCUCCGCUGAGGAGGACCAGGCUACAGAGAAACCCCAUCCUCCCCCUCACUCUGAGGAGGAGAGAAGCGCCUCCUCUUUGGCUCCUCACUGGCACCCUCUGACCUUUCGAAUCCGACGAUCUGCUGGAAAAAUAUCCGACAUUUGCUGCGAGAAAGGAUGCAGCAUGAAGGAGCUGAUUCAGUUUUGCUAA